GUUAUCUUCAGCGCUUUGUGGGUAAUUCUUCCUCAUCGCUGGUUUAACAGACCAUAUCCUGAGUGUCUAUCUCCUAAGGACCAGACACUGGUCUGUAGCCUAUCUGAUGUGUGAAAACUAACCUUAAUCAAUUAUUGAACAUGCUGAUAUCAGUUUACUGUUUGCCUGUUUUAGCUGUUACCAUGGCAGAAGCUCAUCUAUUAUUAACCAUUUUUGUACUCGGGGUAUUUUCAGUUCAUUUUGACGCGCCAAUGAGGAUAUUAUUGUUUGAUAAUUGCAUACCACUAUGGAUUAGGCUGAAAGAGCACGUCUCGCUUUGCUGAAUGGGAUGUCAAACAUGUGAGACAUUCUUGUAUUUCAAUGGAGAGGCCAAAUCUGAAACAGGAGAAAGGAAAGGGUGGGAGAACAGUAAGGUUUAGGGUAGCAUCUGCCAACAGCGGCCGUGUCUUGACGGAGGUGUUCAAGGAUGAAACGGCCUGGUGUGGGUCAGUGUCGGACUCAGUGGACUCUGACUGCACCAGCAGCCCGGAGGCAGAGCAGGGGAUCUCGCUUCCCUCCAGCGAGGCCAACAGCCACCUGAAUGGCCUGCUGGUGGAAACGGCUGCGGACGAGAACGGCUGCGAACCCGAUGACCUGCUUUUGUAUGCCAGUGCCAAGAGAGAGAUGCUCUUUAGCAACAAGAGGAUUAAUAUCUGCAGCAAGAACGGGACCAUACGAGGAGUGAGGAACAAAGUGAGCGCGGGCCAGGUGCUUUUCAACAAUCUCUCCAACAUGUAUUCUGGUUCCCUUCGUCAUCAGAAAAGGAGACCCUGGGAAAAGGAGUAAAUAGCUUCACACAAUGAUGUCAAAAGGAAGAAAUGGCCCUGUGGCUGAAGAUUGCCUGUGGUUUUGUGUACAGCAGGACUCCUCACUCAACUUACAACAAGCUGUUCAGUGUCUUCAGUCAUUACUCCUGUUACUCUAAAAGGACUACAGCUUUACUGAAUAACAAUGGUUCAAUCUGUUCAAGGUCUUUGAUUCAGAUUAAUUUCCCUGAUAAGCAUAAAAACUGAUGUAGACUCACUAAAAUGUGGUUGUGUAACAGUUUUAUACAUGUUGCUAAACUGUUGCCCAUGCAUGUGCAUCACUAAAGGCAAGUAACAACUAAACAAUUAACUUCACCUGACCAUCUGAGACUUUAAAUAGGUUUCUGAAAAGAUUUUUGUAUUUUUUUUUUAAAAUGAUGUAAGUAUAAUUGUGACCCAGAAUUUCAUAUGAUUUUGACAUUUGGGUCUCUUUCAUGGCAAUUAUGUGAACAUGCAUGUUUUUGUAAGCAUUUUUAAAAAAUAAUGUUCGUACUAGAUGUGCUUAAUAUUAUUUCUAAUACAUAAUUCCAUAUAUAAACAGUAACUAUACAAAUCUUCCUUUGUUUCAGGAGGUAGCUACACACUUUGUUCUCAUUCCUCUAUUGCAGUAGAUUCAUAUGUUUGGUACACUGGUUUCUGGAAACAACUUUUCACAUUCUGUUUAACACAGUAUAACAUUACUAAUGUAAGCGUUGGUGUUCAUAUUU